GCCAUGCCGCGCGCACGCUAACCAUGUCCCCAAACAUGCUCGCGAUCCUAGUGCUCGUGUGUGCGGCCCUCGCGGCCGAGCUGAAAGAGAACCCGAGGGAAGAACGACUCAGAAGUGCUUUGAUAGACGCCUUCCAGAACAUUAAAGGAGCUAAACUCCCUGAGGGGAACUCAGAUCUCAUAGGAUCAGUGCUGACCAAAUCUUCGACAACCGAAGACUCUUUCGACUUAUUCGCUGAUGAUGAUGGCUUGACGUUCGCGGAAGCUUUCGAGCAACCUAAAACAUCAAGCACUGAGAAAUCUCACUACGUCCAACACAUAAUUAAGAGCGUGAAAGAGAAAACUACAUCGAAACCGAAGGAUGUUUUGACGAAGCUGAGCGAUUCUAUUAGAAGCACUGUGAACGAGAGCAGAGCAUUGAGAAGCAACUCUUCGAUGGUUGGUAUCGAGGAGAUGCUGAAGGUGUUCGACGCUGAUAUCCUGGUGAGCCAAUGGGGCGAGCUGCAGAAGGCGGUGAACGGCAGCUGCCUGGAGGACAUGCAGGAAUACAUCGAAGGGCUGCGGGAGAAGAACCUUUGGGCUCUGAAAAUGGAAGACGCGAGUGGCCGCUACACCGCCAUGUUUUACUGGGGCAACAACUACUGGACCGGAUCCGCUGAGCUUUGCCACGUUCUGAACGAGCGACAUGCCGUGUCCAAGCAUAGGAACAAGAGCGGAUCCCAGAUAUUCGCCGACUGGCGGGAAGACGUCUCCAUGACUGGCUUUGGGCCUCCAUUUGAAGCUGCCUUCUAUAACGUACGCCUCUUGGCAUCUUCUGAUGACCCUGAUAUCAUCAAAACACGCCGCACACUCCACCUGGGCCUCUGUCUGCCGGCCUCAUGCACCCGUGAGGCCGUGGGCGCUCUGGUGCAGGCCUCCCGGGCCCCGCUGCUCAAGUUCAAGGUCACAGCCGUCCGCUCGCCCGACCAUGGAGGCUACAACUUCUUGGAGGAUAAGACCUUCCAGGUGUUAUUUGGCGUAUCCUGCGUACUGGCAAUCCUGCUGAUCUCCGCGACGGCGUACGACAUGAAGUUAGCCAGCGCAGUGCGCCGCCGCCGCCGCCGCGCCGCAAAUAUGGCCGCUGAAGGCGACGUCAGGCUCGACCUGACCCCGCCACACGAUGCUAACCGAACUAAAGGCAAAUCGAUUUACAACGUUAACAACAACAUCACGAUCAACACGAACAACUCCGAAGAACACCUCACAGCCGAGACUUCUUCUACCCAAGAGGACCAACUCAAACUCAGCGUCUGGUCAGAACUGCUGCUCUCAUUCUCGAUGAAGGCCAACAUUCUGCAGAUCUUCGACCAGUCCGUCGGCUCGGACACCGUGCCUGUCGUCCAUGGGCUACGCUCGCUCUCCAUGGUGUGGGUCAUCUUUGGGCACACCUGCAUUGUUGUAUUCAAGUAUGCAGACAACACGGCUCUGCGAGCGAUCCUUGAGAAGAGCUUCUGGUUCCAGCUCAUCAUCAGCGCCGUCUACAGCGUCGACACCUUCUUCUGUCUCGGUGGCAUGCUGGUAUCCUUCCUGUACUUCCGCACCAACGCGAAGGGCAAGCUCGACCUGCUCACCAAGGGACGGAGGAAGAUCACCUCGGGCCUUCUACAGUUCUUUGGCCUCAUGGGGUACAGAUUUGCAAGACUAACAGCCCCAUACCUCUUCAUGCUCGGCGUAGUCGAGGUCACUAUGAAGUGGUUCGCCCAUAACGCAGUCUUCGAGCCUCCGGCGAUGGACCACGAGACUUGCCCCAAGUACUGGUGGAGGAACCUGCUGUACAUCAACACCCUGUUCCCUGUUGAGCAGAUGUGCAUGUUAUGGAGUUGGUACCUCUCUGACGAUACCCAGUUCUACGCUGUCAGCGCUAUCCUACUCAUCCUAGCCACCAGCCACUUCAAACUAUCUGCAGCCUUAACCUUCGUCUUCUUCAUAUCCUCGCUCCUGACGACGGGCUACGUAUCCUGGAGCAACGACCACAUCCCCUCCAACGAGGACCCCUUCACCCAGUUCGACAAGAUCUAUGACAAACCCUGGACCAGGCUCGGACCCUACCUGGUUGGCAUGGCUGUGGGCUGGAUACUGUUCAAGACCAAUUUGAAGAUCAAGAUGAGCAGGGUGUGGGCCUGGGUGGGCUGGGUGAUCUGCACAGCCACCUUCCUGUUCCUAAUCUUCGGCCUCUACAAGACUGAGCUGAGCGUAGCCACCGCUGCAGUAUACAGCGCGGUGUCCCACUCUCUGUGGGCAGCCUGUGUGGGAUGGGUCAUCAUCGCCUGUUCCUCAGGCCAUGGAGGUUGGGUGGAACCUCUACUGUCGGCGCCGGUUCUGUACCCAUUCUCAAGAGUUACAUACUGCGCAUACCUGGUGCAUCCCGUGGUGCUCCGCUACGUGGCUAUGCACCUGACGCACCCUAUACAUUUGGGAGAACUACUCGUGUUCGUCCUGUUCCUUGGUCUGACAGUGAUAUCGUACUUCAUGGCUUUCGUGAUAUCCGUAGCCUUCGAAGCGCCCAUAGUCACCAUGCUGAAGAUCCUGUCUCCACAGCGGAAACCGCACCGAGUCUGAAGCUCUCACGGCCCGGCCACGACAUCGGUCUAAGCGCGACAGCGGUGAGCGGCAGUCAUACGUGCGAAUGAAAAGUCCCAUCGCUGUGUCUCGCUCCAAUGUAUGUCCGCCGCGCACCGCUGUCGCGCUUAGACCAAUGUCGUGGCUGAGCCGCUAGGCUUCACAUUUAUGUCUGGAAAGGUUUAGGCCUCGGCUACUAGGCACCUAAAAGAUUUAAUCCUCAGCAAGGACCGUAUAAUACGGGACAAACAAAGCUCAUACAAAAAAGCGUACCCCUCAAAUGUAUAGGCCAUCUAGGCUUAAAACUAGAUGGUGCUGUUUCGCAGCCUGGAAAUGGCCCAAAUAUUUUCCCGAAUUAUUUUUGCGUGUUUUUAUUUUUUAUGAGAACAAAUGGCAUGCUUCUUUAUUUUAAUAUCAUGAUAUCACGGCAAUACACGUUUAAAAAAAACUAAUUUGUUGGCAUCAUCAAAUAUUUAAUCUAUGCACUUACUGUGUCUGUGUCUUAAGCCUUUGUGACAUUGUGUUUAUAAGUCUUAGGCUUUAUAAAACCAUCGACUAACUAUAUUUAUUAUAGUUAUGUUUGUUUUUACGCAACUACUUUUGUUUUUAAACAUUCUUCGGACAGCAAUGUACGACUAUGACAACUGACAGAAAUAUGACUAAUUGCACGAAAGGUAUGUAAUGAUUGUUGUCUCAUUCUAACAUAUAGCUACGUCUCUAUUGACAAUAAAUCCGUAGAUCAAGUUGCCAGUUGGUGCCACUGAGGCCAAUUGAUUUGUUGUUUGCACUGCGAUUGUAUAUUUUAGUGUUAAGUCAUAAUUCUCGCUAUAUUAUACGCCUUAUGCAAUAUGAUGUAAAGGCGAAAUUCGCUCAAAUAGUUACCUGGGAUUUUAGCACGUCCGUCUAAGUAUUUAGCUGAUUGUACACUACCACAGAUAAAAUAUAAUGUAUGAUACUCCGGGUAACUGCUAUAGUUAUUGACCACUACAUAGUAAUUGGACUUUCCUGGCAUUCCAGAAAAGACUCGUUCGAAAAUAUUUUUGAUUGUAUGGCCAAUAACUAUACAAUUAACUCUACCUAUUGCAUUCUUUCUUAAGAAAAAUCUUAGGCUUUUUUUAUAUAUUGGUCCCAUAGAGCCGGAAAGAGACAAUUUUGCACAGCGGGCCGAAAGUUGACCUUUUCCGGUCGAAGGGCAGGAUACGACAGUGUUUUGCUUUAAUAUUAGUAUAAAUAGAACCGGUUAUAUUUAAAUAUCAAAAGUCGGAAAUGUGGAAAAAAUUGAAUUUGGCAAUUUAAUAAUAUGAAUAGGUACUUAAAUAUUUAAAAACGAUUUUGUUGUAUUAGCACGAUUAGUGUAAGUUUUUUUUUAUAAAAAAAAUAAUAGUAAAAUGCCAAAUAAUAUUGUCAAAGCGUGGGAUUUAGUUCGGUUGAUCGAAUUGAGAAACGAAAUUUAAAAAAAGCAUCUAUACUCCCUGAUUUAGUCUAGUUAUUUGUUAAAAUUAUUUAAAUUAUUACUUAAGAGUUCAAAUGAAAAUUAUUGUUCAAAAAUGUGCAAUUUUACAAUUUUGAGGUUAUAGUUUAAAAUUACAAAUAAAACGUACAAAUCAAGGACUGGUUACCGAAGUUUAUAUUAUAGUAAUAACAGAAAUAUUUCCAUUAUUUUAUUACUCCGGCACAUCGACCGACCGAAGGCAUAAAUAAUGGGCCAUAUUUUUCAAAGUUGUCCACUCCACUUUUUUUGCAACAUUUUUACGCGAUUCAUACUCAGAAUCGAGAGCUCUUUCGAUCCUGAUAGGAGAAAAAAAAUGUCCCAAG